AUGCCUGGAUUCUCCCAUGGAGUAGCACCAGGAGGAACGCCAGGGAAUUCCUCAGGAGCGGCCUUCACAGGGAUGCUGGAAGGUGGGUUCUCAGCAUCAGAUCCUGGAGGGAGGGGGUUCAGUGCGCUGAGUGAAUUUGACGCAGAGGUGGCAGCAGCAGGGGGGCAGCAGCAAGGCGGAAGCAUGAUGCAGGCGAUGCAGGCUGCGAUGGGGGAAGGCCCACUGGCUGCUCCUGGCGAAUCCAAUCAGUUUCCAUGGUCCUCCUUGGGGCACCGAGCUGCUGGGUAUGGGGCAUCAGCGCUUGAUUACUCAUCUCGCCUGUCCGCAAUGGGGAUGGGGAUGGGGUCAGGAGGGCUAGAUUUUCUCAACGGCCAGCAGUUUUCAGGAAGAUCACAGGGCCAGGGAAUAGCUCGGGCGGAUGAUUUACCUGGUAUGGUGGGAGCAUCUGGGGGGUUGUCUCAUAGGCUGACAAUGGAAGAAGGCAGGAUGCUCAUGGGUCAAGGGGAGGCUGGAAUGGAAGGGAUCGGAAGUGGCAUUGGCAUGAGCGGAUUGUUUCAGUACCACCAUAGCCUGAACCAGUCGCCUCUUACCCGCACACCGUCAGGCCACGUCAUCCUGCCAUCCGGCCACGUCAGCAUGUCGGAGAGAUCAUAUCUGCAGCAGCCAGCCAGCACCUCCUUCCAGAGCCUGCUCAAUGCGCCGGAGGAGAGAGGUCUACCCGGCUGGAAUGACAGAGCUCUAGGUUUUGAUUCCGGCCCAUCUUUUGGCAGUGGUGGUGGUGGUGGUGCGUCCAGUGCGGGUAUGACUGACGCCAUGCUAUGGUCCGCUAGUCUCCACAGGGAUCUCCAAGCAGCAGGCAGGCUGGGGGGAACAGCCAGAAUGGGUUCUGGUGGCGCUUCGGCUGCUGGGGUUCAGGCACAGCAGCUGCACGAGGGGGGGCUGGAGCAGCAGCAGGGUCAGGGUGAGCAGGGAGUGGGAGGUGCAGGUGGUGAUGGGAAAACCACUGAGGGAGAGAGCAAGGCAUUGGGCGCUGGUGCAGAUGGGGCACAGGCGGGUGAUGCAGGGGGGGUUGGGGGGGAAACACAAGGUGGAGUGGAUGGCGGUGAGGGUAAGGGGAGCGGAGGAGCAGCAGAGGGAGAGGGAGGAGAUGGGGGUCUGCAGCGGUCGUCACGGCUUCCUCCCUGGGCGAGGAAGCAGCUGCAGCAGUCAGGCAGGGCCCUCGGGGGCGACCCAUUCCGUGUCUCAUCCCCCAGACUCGCCUCCUCUCCCCAUCUCUCCUCCCAAUUCUCCUCCCCUCUCUCUUCUCCUCACUUGCCAUCUCCCCUCUUCUCGCCCGGUCAGCCUUCUCCGUUCUCCUCCCCUUGCUUCUCCCACCUGCCCUCCCCACGCCUGGCGGAAUUCCAACGCCUCUCCAUCUCCAUCCCCCCCAGCCCUCCCCCCUUCGGCGCACACUCCCCCAUAGGCGCAUACGCCCCCAUGGGCGCACCCUCCCCCUCUUCCAGAACCCCUGGCUCCUUCCCCUUCCCCACGCAUUCUCCCCUCUCUGGGGGCUUUCCUUCCGCCAGCCCCACCACCCCGUCCCUGGCUAAACUCUCCCCCAGUGUGGCUGCAAGCAACCGCAGCAAGAGGAGGGCCGCCCUGCGCGCCCACCACCCAGGGGCGCAUAUUCCUGGCAAAGGGCGGCACACAGGGGGGAGAGGCCCCGCGCAUGGGGGAUCCCUGGGGUCCCCGAGGGGGAGUGGGCGGAUGGGGCAGCAGAGGAUGCGGGUGCAGGGGAUGUCUGGGGGAUUGAGUGUGGGUGGGGAGGGGAUGGGAGGGAUGGGGAAUGAGCAGGGGACGAUGGGUGUGGUGCAACCAAUGAGUCCGGGGCAGAUGGUGGUGCAUGGGAAUGUGAGUGGCAGCAGCAGUGGGGGGGGAGUCAUCGGUGGCAGCAGGCUGCGCCCACAGGCUUCACUGACAGAGUCAGAAGGCAGGGGGUCUCUCACCCGGUCCGAGGGAGAGGGCAGCGGAGGCAGUGGCGGCAGCAGGGGCACGGCGAUGGCAAUGCCACGUAGGAUCGCCAGCAUGGAGGCCACUGGUGACGUGGCAGGGCCUGCUGACGUGGACGGAAGUGCUGACGUGGACUCCAAAUCAGGCGGCUCACCUGGAAGCACGCCGAAGCAACUGCAAGGCGUGUCCAGUCAGGAUCUCUCUCCAUCCACAGGCACUGGCUUCCGUGGCUAUGGCUCCAAGGUUCACUGGGAAGGAAAAUGCUGGUCAAGGUGCUGGAAUCUUUUGAGACGCUUCUUCCUUCCCCUCCCCCCUUCCGCCCACUCCCUCCUUGCACUCCCCUCUCCCCCAUCGCUCCACCCUCAGAGCAAGUCAAUAGGCGUGUUGUUUGAGAAGCUUCUGACAGCAAGCGACACGAGCCACCUGGGGCGGGUCGUGCUGCCCAAAGUGCCGGCAGAGCGAUUCCUGCCGCACGUGGAGUGCAAGGAGGGCAUUCUCAUCAUUGUGGAGGACUCAAUUGGCGGCCAGUGGUGCUUUCGCUACAGGUUCUGGCCCAACAACCGGAGCAGGAUGUAUGUGUUAGAACACGCAGGAGACUAUAUUCGCAAGUACGGUCUCACAGCAGGCGACACCAUCAGCUUCUUGCGUUCCGAAUUCGGCCACCUGGUGAGACUGGUACCCCUUCCUCUGACCACCUUCCCUCCACCUAUCCUUACUUUUCCUUCCAAAUGUAAAAUUUACCGACACCAUUGA